AUGGCGAGCGCCAAGCUGGUGGUCGUGGCCGCGCUUGUGAUCCUGCUGCAAGCGUCGACGAGCGCGGUGGCCCGGCACCACCACCACGCCAAGCCGGACCCGUGCGACGACGCCGAGGACGACGGCCCCGAGCCGGGCAUGCAGCACAAGCACAAGAAGCCCCACUGCCCGUCGACCCCGGGCGGCCACGGCGGCACCCCGGGCAUUAUGACGGUGAACGGCUUCGAGAAGGGCCAGGAGGGCGGCGGGCCGGCGGCGUGCGACGGCAAGUACCACAGCAACAAGGACAUGAUCGCGGCGCUGUCGACGCGGUGGUACGCCGGCGGGCGGCGGUGCCACAAGACGAUCCGCAUCACCAGCAAGCGCGACGGGCGCACCGUGGAGGCCCGCGUGGUGGACGAGUGCGACUCCAACUACGGCUGCAAGGACGACGUCGUCGACACCUCCGCCGCCGUGUGGGAGGCGCUCGGGCUCGACACCGACGUCGGCGUCGUGCCUGUCACCUGGUCCGACGCCUGA